AUGUCGGAUACUGCCCAGCCACCGGGCACUCCGCCUACUGCUGCAGACACGCCGACCGCAAUAACUGCAGACGAGCAGCCUGCGUCCCCCACCGAUAUGAACAACACUGUCGUCGACCCAAUCAACCAUGCAACUAGAGACCCCAAGUUCAGUCCGGGAGUCGGCCAGGCCUUCUUUUCUACCGAACUUGGUACCCGCGCUCCCCGUUCACUAGGUCCAAUUCGUGCGCCCGUCAUCGCACGUAGCGUCCAAGGUCCUGCGGCUGUGGUGCAAGCAGCGACCCACUGGCAAGUAAAGUACAAGAACCAGUGUCUCUGCAUUCUACCCUCACAGGGGUGGACCGUGGAAGACCUGUGGGAUGCCGAAGAUGUCCACAUCGAGGGCAGGAAAUUCUGCGAAGAGAUGUUGAUCUUCAUCUCCCGAAACACCUACUACGCGGCGAACCGAUUCGCUAAGGAUUGGGCGCUCGCGCAUCCAGAUCGAGUCGACUUUAUCGGGCUUCAGAUGGGCAACGUCUACGACAUCAACGAUCCGCUUGCCAUCGUCGACCAGAUCUUCGUGUUCGGCGAGCCUCUUGGGUUCCCUCGUGUGUUCCUCUGGCACGUCGCUCAUAUUCUGAUUACAACCUGGAUCGAGAUGAACAAGGCGACUAACGAGACACUGCGCGAGAGCCUGACGCCACAAGCACGCACUUGGGGUCAACAGUCCACCAAUGAAGCAACCCAGCCUUCGUCCACCCUUGUCGAGAUGUCUACAGACAAUAAAGGCAGUAAGAAAAACCGCAAGAUAACACGAUCUCGACCCAGCAAACUGACCACACCGGCAGAGCCUUCGCCCGCCGUCGAUAAGCCAGACCAUGUCGCGAAUGUGUCUUCCGGAGUACCAAACCAGCCUAACGUGCGCUAUGCUCCUCCACGCAUCCCGUCGCAGGGUCUCGUUCAGACUGGAGGCCAUCCUGCUCCAUUGAGGAGCGGCGAUAUGGGUGUUCCGGCGGGACCCUCGAGACCGUCGCCCAACAUGCACGCGCUAUCCUUGAAUAUUCCAAAAUCCAAUCGUAACAUGAACUCCGGAUCCUACGUUCAGCAACACGGCUGGGUUGAGAACAAUAACCGCACUGCGUAUGGUCCAUACCCACGACAGCCUUCUGGCGCUAUGCUUGCCAUGCAGUCGCCUCACUUCCUACCCCCGCAAAUGGCACCGGGCCAACAUAUCGCUCAGCCAAUGAUGUCGGGUGUAGUUCCGUAUGUUCAGGUGGUCCAUCAUGGCUUUGCUCUCCAGCAUCCCGACCCUGGCCUGAUGUCUCGAGCACAACUCAACUACCAGCAGAACAUGAUGCAAGCUCAGCCAAUGGGCCCUAUAUUCACGCAGCAGCCACACAGCCAGCACGUCUCGAUGGGCGACAUGACCAACAACAUGAUGCUUCAACACCAGGAUCCUCGUGCACCGGUGCCCCGUCGUUCCAAUCCACCGCGCAACCCCCAAGAGCUCUACGACCCUUACGGUGGCAACAACCCUAAGUUCAACGGUGCCCCGGGACACAACAACAUAGGUCGGAAGGGUGGUAACAACGGCUUCGCCACUCAGUCUGGUCGUGGCCGGAAAGUGUCCAACCCAGGCGGGCGGGAGUCAUAUAACAGGUCCAACGCUGAUUACAACGGCAACGUGCCAUCCGGCGGACCUCGAUAUGCCGACUACAACAAUCGACGUCGCCCAUCGGAAGACGACCCGGCUAUCACUGGCGACUCCGUCUCUGGCUGCGGUCAUACAUGGAUUGGACCCAAGAACCAGACCGUCACCGAGCUUUGGAUCGGGGAUUUGUUGCCCGAAACCGGCGAGUCUGAAAUUGCACAAAUGUUCAAGCAGACGGUCGGCAUUAGCCCCAUCGCGGUCUCCUUGAAGGGCAACAAGAUCGGCGCAAGUUCUUUUCAUGCCUUUGCUACGUUUAAUCCUCAAGUACGUGGAGUCCGUCCCGUUGUGACGGUACCAAGGCGUUUCUACCAGAGGGAUUCACUAUCGAGUUCAAGCUAUUUCGAUCAGUCACAUACUGGGCGUGAUGCUUCACGCAUGUUGAUCCAGAAAGACGAUAAGCCUGUCACUGAUGUAGAGUCAAAUGCACCUACAGAGAGCGCCAAGGCAUCGUACUCUCCCCAGGAUGCUAGAAGCGGCCUGUUGAAGAAGCCAUCCCCGCAGUCGGACGUUCCUAGCUAUCCAGAGACAGGAGACGUCAAGCUCGAGAUGCCCAAACGUCAGCAGAAGUCUCCUACAAAGAAGAACAAGGGUAAAGGUAGGCGCGAAUCAGCAGUCAAGAACACUGAUGCAGCCGAUGAGAACACGAAAGCUGCUGGGAAGCUGAACUCCGAUGGCCCAGCUGUCGCGAAAGAGGAAGAGACCGGCACAGAGUCUACCAAAACCAUCACUGAACCUACGAAGCCAGCGACUGUCGAUGGGCCUACUUCUUCGGCUAAAGAACAUAAGUCCUCUCCCUCCGAAUCUACAUCAGCGAUAGACCAGCCAGAAAAUGUAGCCGACGUCUCUACCGUACUGCCACCCAAGGAUUCGGAGACCCUGGAGGCAGGACAAGACGCCAAGACAACACAGAAAGAGCGUGACACUGACGUCCCUCUCAACUUCGCGGGCGCCCUUGCCAAGAAUCUAGCGACUACAUCUGACGCUACUCCCAUCGCUAAGGAUAGUGAGAACACAGGUGGUGGGCCUUCGAGUUCAACUCCGAUAGAAUCGUCUGCGCAUUUAGCAGACAACGACGUCUCGGACGAUGAGGCCAAGAACGACACUAGCUUCCAUUCUGCGCCAGAAAUCCAGCCUGAGUCUGUGCCAGCGCAGCCGCAACCAGGGCUCCAGGACGAGGCGAUGAUUACGAACCAUGAAACCACAAAAUCGCCGUCUAUACCUACCGAGACCAGCCUGGAUGAAUUUCCACAACUGAUCACCCCGCGCAAUACUACUCAGUCUGAUCCAACUGUAGCUGCGCCGCCAAAAGAAGAUACCGCCCCUCAGCUUCCAGCGUCGGACAGUACACAAGAUCCUACAACAACCUCUACUGCUCAAGGAAACGAAGAAAUGUCAACAGCUGCAGAGACCUCACCCGUCAAUGCGACCAAGAAAGCUGGUGCUCAGCAGAUGCAGUCGCUCCACCCGUUCGCGAAGAGCAACAAGUCUCAGGCUAAACGAGAAAAGGAGGCUAGAAAGAAGCAGCAGAAGAAAGAAGAUGCUGAUCGGGUCGCUAAGGCGAAGGCCGAUAAGGCCAUAUCCUCGCAAAAGCCCAACGACGCUCCCUCCGCUCAGCGUGAGACUGGGUCUCUAGGAGACUCUGUGAACUCCUCUGGAGCUACAGAUACAGUUGCUAAACCAGAAGCGGCCAACUCAAAGUCUGGCGGUGAUAGCACCACAGGAAACAAGAAGUCCAAAGGCAAGGCAAAGAUGCAGCCAGCUGGUGCCAGCUCUGCCGAUGGCGAAGACAAGGCUGUUGCCGAAUCGGAGAAUGGUAAACCCAAUGGUAAUAUCAACGAUUCCAAGGAUGUCUCUUCAGUAACUCACCAGGCGGAAAAGAUGGAGGCCUACCUCGCCGCGCCAGCCAACCAGGGAUCUUCGGGAGACUUUGGGGUAACCCCAGUUCCUGAACCGACACCCUCAACCCCGCCGUUUGUCCCUUCAAUUACCCCAAAAGCACAAGGCCCUUCCCAUAAGAUGCCGGCCCAGGAAGUAAAUGAUCCCCAUAACCUCACUUCCAAUCAACACACUCACGUUCCAGGUCACUCUCGCCGCUCUUCCGCUUCCACGCUAGUCGGAGAAGAGCGAGUGCUACCGUCUGCUCUUACCCCUCCUGCCCCUACCCACCCGGACUCCUCGCGAACCGUCUCUCCUGAUGAAGCACCCCAACUCGACGCCACCCCGACUGUAGCACCCAAGAAGAAAAAGAAGAAACCAAAGAAGAAGAAGACCGCAGCCGUCCUCCCUUCAGUUGAUCCCGAUCCACCCAUCGACGGGGACUAUCAUAGCUAUGAUCCUUUUUCGUCCCAAAUGAGCCACAUAGAUGCCAUUCGUCGGGCUAACAAGUACGAUACUACCUCUUUCUAUGCGGUUAUAAACGCGCGAAUGGAGAGGGAUGCUGAAGAGAGCAGAAGGGCUGCUCGAACCCUUGCGGAUCUGAAUGAACACGCUAGCUGA